UCAGCUUGCCGUGGUACAGCACGAGAUAAAGCUCCCUCGGCUAGGUCUGCGUGACCAUAGCUGUAGCUACGGCUGCCACGCAGGUGUUGUAUCACUGGAGAAAGAUGAGAGCUACCAUGAAGGUACGACGCGGGGAAAGACGGUUUCAUUGACCUGAUGGAACUGAAGCUCAUGAUGGAAAAACUCGGCGCCCCCCAGACGCACCUUGGGCUGAAGAACAUGAUUAAAGAGGUCGACGAAGACUUGGACAGCAAACUCAGCUUCCGGGAGUUUCUUCUGAUUUUCCGCAAAGCCGCCGCAGGUGAACUGCAGGAGGACAGCGGUCUGCAUGCCUUGGCGCGGCUCUCGGAGAUAGAUGUCUCCACUGAGGGUGUGAAAGGAGCCAAAAGCUUUUUCGAGGCCAAAGUCCAAGCGAUCAACGAUGCCAGCCGCUUCGAAGAGGAGAUCAAAGCUGAACAAGAGGAGAAGAAAAAGCAGGCGGAGGAGAUGAAACAGAGAAAAGCGGCCUUCAAAGAAUUGCAGUCCACAUUCAAGCAAUGAUCUCGCAGGCGGGGAUCUCGCUGGAAAGGACCUCCCAGCACAGAGUCCCAGGGAGACACCGAGCAAAGCGCUAUGUGGCAGAUGUCCACAAUGAGUUGUGUAAGCGUCGAUGGUUGAAGGGACCAAUUGAUAAACAGCAGUGUGUGAAUCCGGAGUGGCUGGGCCCCUUCAGGUGCAGGCUGCUGACGGGUUUAAUUACCGCACUGCUUCCUUGCACUGUAAAUACUGCAAGUGGAGACUCUGGUGCUCCCACUUCCCUGCAUUGCCAUUGGUCUUUAUCCUGUGUUAUCUGUGAUGACGUGUGUCCGCAAACUGGUGUGUGUGUGUGUAUACAAGGGUGGUGGUGGUGGGGAACUGCUUGAAGCCAAAUGCUUGAAAUGUGCUCUGUACUCUGGUGUGUGCUCUCUUGGGACAAACACUGCAUAACCCGAAUGGUAUAAGCACCCAGCCUUGGAUGUACCGGACCCUGGACUAGCAGCUGCUGCCCAUGCAGAAACACUGCCUGCCGCUUUAAUGUACGCCAUCUCCUGGAAUCAGACAUUCUGCACUUAAUGCUUUAAAUCAGUCGCUUUAAAGGCCCGUAGCUGAUACCUUUGGGUGGGAAGCACUGAGCGGAGGUAGAGCAGCCUCGUGGACUGAGCGGAGGGUGUUGGAGGAAAGGGAGCUCAGCGUUCUCAUCCUGCCUCUGGCACCAAUUCACUGUGUGGCCUUGGGUAAGGCACUUUAAACUGUCUUGGGCUUUCUGCCCCUAUGGGGGAGGUAGGAUCCUACUCUUGUUCCUAUGGAGUUGAAGAGAAAAUGGGUUUGGAUUCGGUUAGAUGCUUGGCACCUCACCUGCUGGUCUGUGCGAGCUCAGAGCUCGAGCCUGCAAGAUGCAGAGAGCUCCCUGAGCUGCCGGGGGCUCCACAGGCAGUCAGCACACUGGAGGCCAGAGCCCCAAGCACCGUGUCUCGCUAUAGAGAAACAUCAGCGUGAAGCAGAAGGCAGAGCAAGGCAGCACCUCCAAGACUGGUUCAGAGGUUUUGUAGACAACAACCUACUUUGUCAGAUGCUGCUUAUCAUCGAUGUCGCCUACAGAAGCUGUGGACCAGAGAUCCCCUUAGAUGCUGCCUUGCCCUACCUUCUGCCUGACUUCAGCCUAACACAGCUGACCACAUCCCUCCAGUGUGAGGAUGGGAGAUGGCCUAGCUGUGUAGAUGGGGACAUGUUCUUAGAUCGGUCCCAUCCUUUUGGUCCCAUCUUUUAUUUAAAAUAGAGGAUCUGUAUUGGCUCCAAGUUGGGGCACUAGAGGUAGGUGCAAUUGAGAUAGGUGAAGCCAAGGGAACCAAUGGGCCUAUGUGUUCAUGACCCUAGAGAUCAGUCAGGACUCCAAAGACACCCCAGAUGCAUCCCCCACUUCAACGGCCCUGAAUUCCUACUGUUUAGGGAUGGGUUCAUUAUCCUACUAGUUGUGGGCUGAACAAUGCAGUCAGCGAUAGCACAAUCCCGUGUCUGCAACAUGCCCUGAUGUCCCAUUCCCUGAACUGGGAAAUCAGAAUGAACUGCACUGAGAGAAGAAGUACAGGGACAGACAGGAUGGCACGUGUUCAGCCCUAGAAAAUACAGGGACGCACAAGUGCAGUAAGACAUGCAACUUGCCCAACGCAGCUACGGCUCUUUAAAACCCAACACCAAUAUUCAGGCUGGAAACUAUGUCCCCCGCUCCACCCCAAAGUGCUUUUAAUUUUUCUUUUCCUUUUGCAUGCACUGUGAUUUUGAAAAGACAGGGUCACACCCUAAUCAUUUGGUUCAGUUCUUCUAGGUUUUGUAAUGAAAACAUAAAGCAUAGCCAGGUAUUGAACUGCACUUAUGACUUGUCCAGCUGGAAAACAGGGGAACCACAUUUGCAUCAAGUGAUGUUUGUGAUGGAAGCCAAUAAACCUGUGUGAAGCUUGUGUGUACACAUGGCAAGCCCUAGCCACUGUUAAAAUUCAGAUGAGGAAGUGGACUGUGAUACCAGACUUCGUGUACUUUGCUAUUUGCAAAAAGAUCUUUACCACUGUUAUGCAAAACCAACCAAUUUCAUAUCCUCAUGAAAAGAUUAAUGCUUGAUUGCUUUUAGACUAACCCUUUAUUUUGGUAAAAAAACUAAGAAAUCCCAUUGGUGGAUUUAGAAGUGUUAUUAUUUUUCAUAUUAUAAUCUGCAAAAAAAAAAAAAGAAAUCAUUAUAUUAAAUAGUUUCUGCCAUUCUUCUACAGAUUUUCUUUAGGAAAGGUUUAUACAAGUGAAUUCAAUAAUUUUUUGGGGGGUUUCAGAAGCUUUUUCCAUUCAC